AUGAGUGCUUCCCCGCCUAUAGCGGUGGCCAAUCUCGAUGACUCUCCAUCGGACGGCCAGCAGCCCACUUCACACCCUCAAGCCACUCUAAAUGCGAGCGUCGUCCUCCCAAGAGAUAUCGAAACACCCCCAGCAAAAGCUUCCAGUGUCGAAACUUUGGCGACUGUCGCAUGGUCUUUUCUCGCACAUAAGGCAAGUCCUCUUUCUUCGUUCCAUAUCGAGGGGGGACCGUCGUCGUCUUAUCUCAAAGUUUCCCGUCUCUCCCUCUUUUUUUUCAUAUCGCAACGUGACAUCAACAGAAAACAUACCGGCGAGCGUCCGUUUGCUUGCCAUUGCGGAAAGCAGUUUUCCCGGCUCGACAAUCUGCGUCAACAUGCUCAGACAGUGCACUCCGACAAGCCCGAAUUAAACGAGAGAAUGAUGAAAGAGCUUACGACACUUCACACGUCGUUGUCCACAUCAAAUGCGAGGGUUCAUGCUCGCCCAAGCGGCUCGACUGCAGAGAGACGUCGGGGCGCUCAACCGGCUACCGACUCUACUCUUGCUCAACGUCCAGGUACGAGUACUGGUUACGAAGCAGCAGACCCAGGGCAGCGUACCGAUUUUCGCGACUCCUUUCGGACCAAUGACUUUCGUGAGGGUAGAGCCGACCAGUUUCGCGACACUCGAUCAAGCAGAACAUCCAUGGGAACUUUUGGGGACACCCAUCCCGAUCAGCAACAAGUCCGGCAAGUUACCCUUCUCAAUGGCGACGGCAGACAUUCCUUUCUGGACUCAGCAGCAACAGCGUCUACCGGUCAGUCCUUUCUCGCCAGUAACAACAUCCAGCGAGACAACGCUGGUCGAGGGCAGCGGCCAUUCACAUCUUCGUCCAUCACCCCCUCUCGGUCAGGCCUCCCAGGGUCCGGGUCACUUGGGAGGCCUUCAAAUAUCCAGUCACCCGGAACUCAACAAUUCUUCCAGCGCACCGGCAGCGGCCAAUCCCAACAAUUUCCGCAGCGGCGCCUCAGCCCAAACUUCAGCUUCGCCUCCUCAGUCGAACAGCACUCCUCCAGCAGCAGGCCAGGGACAGGGACAGGGGUCGGGCUCCCUCCCAUCUCGGAGAUCGUCUCCCCAACAAUCAGUGCCAGGUUUAACACGCGUCCACCAUCUCAAUCGGGAGUACCUUCAACGCCAUCCUCUUCACAUCAACACAACCCCUUCGCCUUCACUUAUACAGCACGGCCAGGCACUGCUCCAGCAUCCUAUUACCAGUCCAGUGUUGGGACUGGGGCAGUCAGCCGUGCUGGGUUGGCCUCUCGGGGGACCCUACAGCUCCCCAUACAGCUCCCCCUACCAGGGUCCCGACCUACAUCAUCAUGCGCACGGGGUGCAACCGCCAACAACGGACCCAAAUUGGACGGGUUCGGAACAGCUGCCCUCCUCAGCAACGAAUCCCCAUUUUCCUUCCACGCCCCCGAAGAGCCAAUCGAGCAGCAACAGCCAGUUCCGCGAGGCAUCAAGCGUCCAAGAGGAUCUGUCGAUCUCGGGGACGGCAGCGAAGGAUAUCAGCAAUCAAGACCUUCGUCCAGAAGACUCUCAGUCAUGGACAUCAUCGAUGCUGACGAGCAGCAACGUCCAGUCACCGCUACAUCAGCAUCCUCCAAACAGCGCUGUGGCCAGUCACAGUCCGUCCGCCAGCACCAAUCCCAACAGCAGCCAUCCGCUGUUUCAUGCGGUCAAUCCGUUCUCGAAUCCGUCGCAAAGUCAUCAACAUCCCUUCCGCCAUCUUUUUCCUUCGCAGCCCAUGUCGGCCCCGCCCAUACCUAUGGCGAAUCCGUUCGGGAGUCUGUAUCAUCACGGAGCUUCUACAGCAUCAGGACCGGGACCUAUGGAGCAGCAGAUGGACAUGAUGCUUCAGCAACUAACGGCGGGGCCUAUUCUCCAUCCAUAUCACCAUCAUCAUGCUCAGUUUCCACACCUGACCACCAGCGGAGCAGCUCCAAGUUUGGGGAUGAAUCAGAACCAACCUCAUCAGCAAACUCUGUAUCACCCCCUUCAAGGGUUAUCUCGACAUCAAGGUCCGCUCAGUCCUUUGCAACACGCGAUCCACUCCCGCUCUCUUCACCAUCCGCAACAGACCAACGAUCACUUUCCGCUGACGCCGUCUCGACUCUCGACGGUGUCGACCUCUCACACAGGAACUCCAGAUCAGGGGGUCUCGCCCGCUCUCCAGCAGCAAGGCCCUUCGAGUACCGUAACGACGCCACUUCACAAUCCUCAUACUCCCCAUCACCCACACCACCGCCAAGUAGAGUACAACUCGUAUUUCCCUCCGGUGCCUCCCCUCCCUACGGAACGGGACAACAGCGACGAGAAGAGCCACGGCGGCUCACAAGCCAACUCGCCGGUUCGCCUCGCGUCAAGCUUGAGCACGUCAAGGACGAAUGGGAACGUAGCAUUGGGGGGAGCAGGACAAUCGACGAACUCAGGCGGCAGAACAUCCAGGGAUCAUUCCCGUCAUUCCUCAGCGAACACGAUAAGCAAUCAGCAACUGACUUAUCCCCAACAAUCCCAUCCUCAGGAGAACGUAGUGACGCUUCCUUCGUCCCCCGGGGGUUUAGACCCACUGGGGGACGCCGGUGGGACGAUGAUGAUGCCGGGUUCGAUGCCAGGACGAACACCAUGCUCGACGCCCUAGAUCUCAGCAUGGGGAAUAUUGCGAGUGGCAACAACAACAAUCCGAGUGGCGGGGUGGGGAUGGUCGGAAGCGGCCCGAAUCAGGCUGGGAGCGAGACGAGCGCAGGCGCUACGGAAUGGAUGGGAUCACCCUACGAGUAUUCGGGGUUGACGACCACGUCCGCGACGAAUCUCAGCGCCAAUUCGGGACAGGCACCAUUUCAGAGCGGCGGGAGUGGGGGGACGGUUCAUUAUCAAGGGCAUCUACCCCCAGUGGUCAACUUGCCACAGUACCCUCAUACGGCUCAUCCUCUGACACAUUGGCAUCACCAAUCCUCUUCGGGUCUGAAUCCACUAAAUUAUCAUCAGCAACAGCAGGUAUACCUCAUGCAUCAUCAGCAGCAGCAGCAAGUUCAGAUGCAAAUGCAACAACAUCAUCAUCGACAGGUGGCCGCGUUGCAAGACUUCCAGUUGAGGCUUCCGCAGAAGGUCGCCCAGCGGUUGCAGCGGCGGCGUCCGGGAGUGGGCUCGGGCUCGGAAACAUCGACGGGAGAUCAAGACCAGGAUCGUCAGCAGGGCUCGUCAGCGCUAACUUCAACGGACGAAACAGCCCCUCAGCGAUCAGCACAGCAGCAGCAGCCGGGAGUGGGUCAACAAAUGCUACCCCCAACGUCGUUGUCGCAUCAGCAGGAAUCUUUCGAACUGCGAGCCCCUCCUUCAGGACGCUUGCGCCGACCGGGAAUCGCUCGUACUCCGAGCAGUCACAGCACAUCGUCCCAGUCUCAAGUACAGCCUCAGUCUCAUCCCCUGCGUAGGGAAGCAUUCCUGGCGCUCAGUGAUGAGGAUGACCCCGAGUUGGGCAUCCUCAGACCUGCUAGCGCUGCGCUCAGCUCGCCAACUGUUGGUGGUGGGAGCGGAAGCAGCAGAGGUGACGCGGAGUUUGAAGUGGUGAGUACUGCCUUGAGUGCGGGCACAGCGGGUGGUGAUGGCGUGGGCAGUGGACAUGAUGAGGGGAUGAGUAUAUCUGAGUUUGGUUUCGACAUGGAUCUUUCGGGCAGUAUGAAUAUGGACAUGAGUAUUGGUAUGAACGUGAACGAGUGGGGGGAGGUGGGCGUCUCGGGUGACGGGAGGAUCGAUAUGGACAUGAUGUUUGACUCGCCGCAGGACCAGGGACGGUGA